ACUUCAACGCCCCUAUAUCGGCUAACCGUAUCUACUACCCCAAUCACACCGCCCGUUUUAGCUGUCAAUUACGUGCUAGCAGUAACAUAUACCCUCCGAGCCGCCAGCAAUUGAACUAGAGGAGGCGCAAUUGAAUCAGUAGACGCAACUAAUAUACCGCCGACGUAUAUUAUCUAUCUAUAUUUGAAUCGACCCUCAGCAUCUAACUGACAAUAUGUCUGACAUUCCUAUCGAUUUCACAGAAUUGGCCCAACUCUCGUCGUUGGGCAUUCAGGCGUCAUCCUUGGACUUCAGAUCGACCACCUUAGAAUCCGACCACUACGUCUGUGUACGUGAAAGUGGAGCCCAGGGGAACACCGUGGCAAUCAUUGAUCUCCAUGACAACAACAACGUCACCCGUAAGAACAUGAGUGCAGACUCGGCCAUCAUGCAUCUUGACCAGUUUGUCAUCUCGCUCCGUGCCAAUGGUACCACCAUCCAAAUCUUCAACUUGGGUUCCAAACAACGUCUUAAGUCUUUCACCAUGGACGAACCGGUGGUGUUUUGGAAGUGGUUGACUUCUGACGUCUUGGGGUUGGUUACUGGAUCUGCCAUUUUCACAUGGUCGAUCUUUGAUGGCUCCAACGCAGGCCCAACCAAGUUGGCCGACCGUCAUCACACCCUUCUGAACGCUCAAAUCAUAAACUUUGUUGCGGAACCAGAUCUCAACUGGUUUGCUGUCACCGGCAUUGCACAAGAAGAUGGAAGAAUCGCAGGUCACGUUCAACUCUUCUCCAAGGCACGUAACGUUUCACAAGCCAUUGAAGGUCACGUAUGUAAGUUUGGUUCCAUCAAGCUUGAAGGUGCCCCACACCCAACCAAGGUGUUUUGUGUUGGUAACAAGAACGCUCAGGGCCAAGGUAACUUGCACAUUAUCGAGAUUGACCAUGUGGAUGGAAACCCAUCUUUCCCUAAGAAGACUGUUGACAUUUUCUUCCCACCAGAUGCCACCAAUGAUUUCCCAAUCUCUCUUCAAGCUUCCGACAAGUAUGGGAUCAUUUAUAUCCUUACCAAGUAUGGUUUCAUCCACUUGUACGAUAUGGAAAGUGGUGCCAACUUGUUUGUGAAUAGAAUUACAGCAGACCCUGUUUUCACCGCCGCUGCCUACAACAAUGGUACUGGUAUCAUCACUAUCAACAAGUCCGGUCAAGUGUUGAGUGUUGAGGUUGCCAAAGAUAAGAUCAUUCCAUAUGUUUUGGAAAAAUUAUCCAAUGUUCCAUUAGCAUUAUCCCUCAGUGCUCGUGGUGGUUUCCCAGGUGCCGAAAACUUGUUCUCUCAACAAUUCCAAAACUACUUGAACCAAGGUGAUUACCUCAAUGCUGCCAAGAUUGCUGCUCUGCUGGAACAAUUACGUACCCAGGACACUAUCAACAAGUUGAAGCACAUCACCCCUCAACCAGGUCAGAUCUCUCCUAUUCUUCAAUACUUUUCCACCUUGCUUGACCGUGGUACUUUGAACAAGUAUGAAUCGAUUGAAUUGGCCAAACCAGUUCUUCAACAAGAUCGUAAACCUCUCUUUGAAAAGUGGUUGAAGGAUGAUAAAUUAACCUCUUCCGAAGAGUUGGGUGAUAUUGUCAAGUCUUACAACGACCCAGCCUUAGCUUUGGCUGUUUACAUUCGUGCCAAUGUUAACAUCAAGGUUGUUUCUUGUUUAGCUGAAUUAGGUCAAUUUGACAAGAUUUUGCCAUACUGCGAAAAGGUUGGUUAUCAACCAGACUUCACCAAUUUGAUUCAAAACUUGGUCAGAGUGAAUCCAGACAAGGCUAGUGAGUUCGCCACUUCAUUGUUGGCCAGUGAUUCUUCCAACUUGAAUGUUGAAGGCAUUGCCGAUUUAUUCUUUAGUCAAAAUUACAUUCAACAAGGUACCGCCUUCCUUUUGGAUGCAUUGAAGGAUGAUUCUCCAGCUGAUGGUCAUUUACAAACCAAGGUUUUAGAAACCAAUUUGUUACAUGCACCACAAGUUGCUGAUGCUAUUUUAGGUAACCAAAUGUUCAGCCAUUACGACAAGCCAACUAUUGGAAAGCUUUGUGAAAAGUCAGGUCUUUUCCAAAGAGCUUUGGAGCAUUAUGACGACCUCAAGGAUAUCAAGAGAGUUAUUGUUCACACCAAUGUUUUACCAAAUGACUGGUUGGUCGCUUACUUUGGUCAAUUAAAUGUCCAACAAUCUGUUGCAUGCUUGAAGGAAUUGCUUACUCAAAACAUGCAACAAAACUUGCAAGUUGUUAUUCAAGUUGCUACCAAAUAUUCUGACUUGAUCGGUCCAUUGACCUUGAUUAAGAUUUUUGAAGAUUACAAGUGUGUUGAAGGUGAAUACUAUUAUUUAUCUUCUAUUGUCAACUUGACUCAAGAACCAGACGUUGUAUUCAAAUACAUUGAAGCUGCUGCCAAGAUGAACCAAACCAAGGAAAUUGAAAGAGUUGUCCGUGAUAACAAUGUUUAUAAUGGUGAAAAGGUUAAGAAUUUCUUGAAGGAAGCCAAACUUGAAGAUCAACUCCCAUUGAUCAUUGUUUGUGACCGUUUCAACUUUGUUCACGAUUUGAUCUUGUACUUGUACAAGAACCAAUUCUUCAAGUUUAUUGAAGUUUACGUUCAACAAGUCAACCCAGCUAACACUCCACAAGUUAUUGCAGGUUUAUUGGAUGUUGACUGUGACGAAAGCAUUAUCAAGGGAUUACUUGAAUCAGUCUUGGGUAGAGUUCCAGUCAAGGAUUUGGUUGCUGAAGUUGAAAAGAGAAACAGACUCAAGAUCUUAUUGCCAUUCCUCGAAAAGACCCUUCAAGGUGGUCUGAAUGAUCAAGAAGUUUACAACACUUUGGCUAAGAUUUACAUCGACUCUAACAACUCUCCAGAAAAGUUCCUUCAAGAAAAUGAUGUCUAUGACACUUUGGCCGUUGGUAAGUACUGUGAAAAGAGAGACCCAUACUUGGCUUACAUUUGUUACUCCAAGGGUGGCAAUGAUGCCGAAUUGAUUAACAUCACCAAUGAAAACAAGAUGUACAAGUACCAAGCCAGAUACUUGCUUCAAAAGUCCGACUUUGACCUUUGGGGACAAGUUUUGUCGUCUGAAAAUACUCACAGAAGACAAUUGGUUGAUCAAGUUAUCUCUACUGGUAUUCCAGAAUUGAGUGACCCAGAACCAAUUUCUAUUACUGUGAAGGCAUUCAUGGAGAAUGAUCUUCCACAAGAAUUGAUCGAACUUCUCGAAAAGAUUAUCUUGGAACCAUCUCCAUUUAACGACAACACUUCUCUUCAAGGUUUGUUGAUUUUGACUGCCAUCAAGGCCGACAGUUCUCGUGUUAUGAACUAUAUCGAGAAGUUGGACAAGUUCGAUCCUGAAGAAAUUGCACCAUUGUGUAUUGAAAACCAAUUGUACGAAGAAGCAUUCGAGAUUUACGACAAGUUUGAAUUACGUAACGAUGCUAUGAAGGUUUUGGUUGAAGAUAUCAUGUCCUUAGACAGAGGUGAACAAUAUGCUUCUAAGCACGAGGACCCAGAAUUGUGGUACCAAUUAGGUACUGCCCAAUUGAACGGGUUACGUAUUCCAGAAGCUAUUGACUCUUACGUUAAAUCUAAGAAGCCUGAUAAUUUCGAACAAGUCAUUGAAAUUGCCGAACGUGGUGGAAAGGAAGAAGAACUUGUUGCCUUCCUUGAUAUGGCCAGAGAAUCCUUGAGAGAACCAUUGAUUGACGGUUCUCUUAUCAACUGUUACGCUUCCUUGGAUAGAUUGAACGACAUUGAAAAGUUUGUUGGUGGAUCUAAUGUUGCUGACCUUGAAGCUAUUGGUGACAAGCUCUUUGAAGCUAAGAACUACAAGGCUGCCAAGAUUUUGUACUCCAACGUUUCUAAAUACUCCAAGUUGGCUACCACUUUAGUUUACCUUAAGGAUUACCAAGGUGCUGUCGAUUGUGCCCGUAAGGCCUCCAACACUAAUGUUUGGAAGCAAGUUAACGCUGCCUGUAUCGAAAACAAGGAAUUCAGAUUGGCUCAAAUUUGUGGUUUGAAUUUGAUUAUUGAUGCCGAAGAACUCCCAGAAUUGGUUUCUACUUAUGAAUACAAUGGUUACUUUACCGAAUUGAUUGCUCUCUUUGAGAGUGGUUUGGGUUUGGAAAGAGCUCACAUGGGUAUGUUCACUGAGUUGGCCAUCUUGUACUCCAAGUAUAGCCCAGAUAAGGUUAUGGAACACUUGAAGUUGUUCUGGAGUAGAAUUAACAUUCCAAAGGUCUUGACUGCUUGUGAAAGUGCUCACCUUUACCCCGAAUUGAUUUUCUUGUACUGUCACUACGAAGAAUGGGACAAUGCUGCUUUGACUAUGAUUGAAAAGUCUGAAGUUGCCUUUGAACACUCUUCUUUCAAGGAAAUUAUUGUCAAGGUUCCAAACUUGGAAAUUUACUACAAGGCUAUUAACUUCUACCUUGCGGAAAAUCCAUCUUUGUUAGUUGACUUGUUGAGCGUUUUGAGUCCUAAAUUGGACUUGCCACGUGUGGUUAGAAUGUUUGUCAAGUCUGAUAACCUUCCAUUAAUUAAGCCAUUCCUUAUCUCUGUUUUGGACAAGAACAAUUCUGUAGUUAACGGUGCUUACCAUGAUUUAUUGAUUGAAGAAGAAGAUUACAAAUCUUUGAAAUCUUCUAUCGAAAACGAAUCCAACAACAGAUUUAACUCUUUGGAUUUGGCUGAACGUUUGGAAAACCAUGACAUUAUUUUCUUUAGACUGAUCUCCGCCACUUUGUACAGUAAGAACAAGAAGUACACUAAGGCUAUUUCAAUCUUGAAAAAUGAUAAGUUAUGGGCUGACUUAAUCAAGACUGCUGCAGUUUCCAAGUCGACUAAGAUUUCUCAUGAAUUAUUGGACUACUUUGUUGAAACUGGUAACCGUGAAUGUUUUGUUGCUAUGUUGUACAGUUGUUACGAAACCAUUGAAUACGACUACGUUUUGGAAUUGUCCUGGUUACACGACUUGGGUAACUUCAUCAAGCCAUAUGAGAUUUCUAUUGCCUAUGAAAACCAAAAGAAACUUAAUGAAGUUUACGGCGACUUGCAAAAGCGCAAAGAAGAAGAAAAGAAGGAUGAAGACACACCAGUUGCUGGCCAGCCUUUGAUGAUCACUAACGGGGCUAUGGGAUACCAACCAACCGGUGCUGGAUUUGGAAACGCCUUUUAAUUACAAAAAGGAGAGAUAAAGAAAAGCAUUUUAAUUGAUUUGUUUUCUAUUUUUUAUGAUUGAU